CUCAACAAAUAACUUUUUACACAAGUCACUUGUCAUUUAUUUUCGUCUAUGUUUAACCUGACAACGGUUGCUAUGAUAGCUGUUACGUCAAUAGAGACAGUUUGUAAACAAGCUGAUUGUAGACGUUUUUGUUAAUUUGUUAUUAAAUAUUAAUCCACACGACAAUGAGCAUUCUCAACAAUCCUGCUAUAAGGGACAGAAAAUCGAUAGAAUUGGAUGAAGAGUUCAACAACUUUAUGAAGAAAGUUGGCGAAGUGUCUAGUCUUGUGAAAGACAUGGCUGGUGGGGACAAAGCCAAGGCAGAGGCAGCUAAGGCUCUUGCUGACCAGUACUUAGAUGGGAAAGUUAUACUUGACGACGACGUUAAACUGAAAGUAAAACAAAACCGCACUCUGAUCAAUCAGAAAGCGUUUCAUAACCUCGGGAAGAAAGAUGAGGGUGAAAUGGAUAAAGAAUCAUGGAUGGCCGAAGUGAGCAAGGAUGCAGAAAAACGCUAUCAAGAUCGGAAGGUGCGACGCGAACGAGCUGAUACGUUGAAGACCCAAGCCAUCAAGGCAUUCCGCCGCGAAGAAUUCGACAGAGCCCUCUCCUGUUACAACAGAGCCAUUGAACAAAUCCGUGAUGACCCCAUGCUGUAUUGUGAUCGAGCACUCACUAAAAUCAAACUCAGAAAAUUCGACACGGUGUUCGGUGAUUGCGACUUAGCACUGCGCCUCAAUGAGAAUAGCUUCAGAGCGCGCCUCUAUCAAGCUAAAGCACACAAGGAGUUAGAAGAGUGGGACAAGUUGGCAGACUGCAGGAAAGAAUUGGACACCAUGUUUCCCCAGCACGCCGAAUUGGUACGCGACUAUCUGGACAAAGAAGAAAACUACGACGAUACAGCAGAAUCCGAAUAAAAUAGAAUUUACAUGUUUGUAUGUCCCCAGAAAGAAUUAUUUAUUUACUUUUAGGUUCCAUAUGUUUAUUUACUAUUUUUUGCUAAACAUACGUGGCGGACGACACGAUAAGACACGUCAUCGCCACAUUUAUUGUUAAUGUAUUCACGUGUAUCCUUAGUUAAUAAAGUUUUAUUGGUUCUAAAAGAUUA